AUGAAUCGAGGAAUCCUAUGCCCGGGCUACCAACGCCCGCUUCGCUGGUCCCAGAAAUACGAGAAAUCGGCACAAGGGACUUCCUCGCCUUGCGUUUUAGCGACUCCGAACACGUCCACGCCUGUCUCACAAUGCCUGUCACCGUCCGGCUGUCUGGGGCAGCUAGCACCUUCGAGAACUGCUUAUGCAUUCCUCGAGGGAAAUGGAUAUGAAACCUCAAAGGAGCUUACGCAGCCUUCUGGCGCCACUGAACAAGCAGCGGAAACUGUGCCAUUGGCAUGUCCGUCGGUCAACCUUCGGACAGCAGAGCGGCUAUCCCCGUUGGCUUUUCGAGAAUCUGUCCAUUUUGUUCAGUGCUAUUCUGGCGUUCUCGCCAGGGUAUUGUCAAUUUACGAUGGCCUAUCCAGCCCCAUUCGUGCGGCAGCACUGUCCACAUGGAGACGGUCGUCCCUGCUCUUCUCGGCCUUCAAGUUCUUCGUGGGGUUAUAUCGAGCAGGCUCCGAUUCAAAUUCGCCACUUCGACUCGCAGUGGAUGAAGCGCGCCUCGAAAUUCUGAAUCAGCUCUCUGCUAACCUCUCGUCAGUCACCGACCAGGUCCCGGCACAAAACCUCGACGUCCUCCUGGUCAUCAACAUGUUUGGCCUCAGUAGCAGUUGGUAUGACUUGAGCGAUCUUGGACUGGAGCACUACACCGUUGCCGCCACAGUUGUGCGAGAGGGCCAUGUUAUUACGCCUAGAAACCGUAGGUUCUUUGAAGAGUUUCUAGUCUACUGGUGGAUGAUGCUGUCAUUCGCCUGCAGUCCAGAUUCGUGUCGCACCUCAAAGCCACCGACCCUAAGCCACAGAAGCUCCACUGAACCACGAAUGCCACACCCAUUGACAGGGGUUUCGCCCGAGUCUCAAGUUUUGCUCGGAAUGGUUGCGAGGCUGGUUCUUAGCCAGCGCCGGAUGGUCUUAGAGCAGGAUACGACCACCGCGGAUGCGGUUCAAAGAUCAUUGGCGAACGUCGAAAUGGCCCGGCAUCUGGAACAUGAACUUCUUUCUCUACAGCUUCCACCCGCUGACCUGAUUCUUGACCCGGGCGAUCCUCAUACCUCUGUGCUGGAUUUGCUGAACAUUGCUCGGGCAUACCGAGAAAGUGGCCUUUUGCUUCUUUACCACGCUCAUCCGGACCUUCUCACCGACCAGACACACUGCAGUGCUCCAUUGCACGCGACGAAGUCUGCUGCCAACGCUCUUGAGCCGAGAAGGUGCCUGUCUCUUGCAUUUGACAUUUUGCACUUGCUGGGACAGAUCUCCCCAACCUCUGGCACUCGGACUAUCGAAGCUAUACUGCUGGUGAUAGUGUCUGGGGAACUCUCAUUGAGAGCGGACUUCGCUCUAGCACCCACAGACCACGCGACGAUCAUUGCUAUCUCGGAGCCGCAUUCACAUGCGACCCAUCACGAUAACUCGGAAGCAGGUAUACGGCAAGCUGUACUGCAAGCGAGGGCCGAUGUCAUUGCUCGAUUCGACAGAAUACAGGCGAUCUUGCCCUUCAACACGAUUCGCCGCAUGAUGUCUCUUGUAUUUGAGACAUGGCGGUUGAUGGACAGUGGCUUCAACGUGUCGUGGGUCGAUUUAUUAAUCAGGAACAAGUGGGAAUUUUUGAUGAUUUGA